CCGGCCCAAGCCCGCUGGACCCUCCACCUGCCCUCUCGUCUAGCGUCUUCUCCAGUGAGAGAGAUCCACAGACGCGUGCGUCGGCCGACAUCAGUGAGCAACCACCGCGGCUCUCCUCUCCCCUUGAAGCCUCCCCAGCCACCCAAAUCCUAACCCUCCCGCCGCCGCCAGGUGGGUCUCCCCCUCCGUUUCCUUCUCCACCAAGCGAACCGAGGAGCGCCAGAGCAUCGCCGGAGCAGGCCACCGCGGCCAGCGUGCUCCGCCAGCGUUUUCUUCGUGACCGGGAGCCCCGACUGCACGACUGCUUCCUCUGCUCGGACGACCUCGAGCUCGGACGCCUCCACGCCGUCGAAUUGGUCGACCUCCUCCUCUUCGGCCUGUUCGCCGUCACCGUCCAAAUUCGCCGCCGGCCGACCUCCUCCCGCCCGUUCGGCUACGCCAGCAUCACCAGGGAAGAAGAAAAUGAACACCAUGCCGUCAGAAAAUGCUGAAAGGAGGGGAAGCGUGCUUGAUAAUCCGCAAAAGCAGCUGGAUGAGUCUGUCCUCGAUAUGCAACUUUAUGGAAAAGCUCUAGAUGUGUUUGAGGAUGAUCCUGCUACCUCUGGCAUAUUACACGAUCAUCUGCUAAGAACUAUGGGUACUCCAGUAGCCGACAAGAUUUUAUUUAGUCUGGAUAAGGACAACAAAUUGAAGAAUGGAAUGGAGUUUGAAGGCAGUGAAGAACAGCAUGUUCAGCUCAGCACUACGGAGCGUACUUUUCUGGCGAAGGAUCUUCCAGGGCAAUUGUCAUCGAAGGCUCAAGCUUUAGUCGAAGCACUGGAGGGAAAGCGGUUUGAUUCAUUUAUGGACGCCUUAAGAGAUACAGCAGAGGAAAGUGGAUUGUUAUUUAAGAAGCUUGAUGAAAGACUUGAGCGAUCAAUGCUGCAUUCCCACCACAAGGAUUUGAUAGCACAAGUUUCUUCAGAAACUGAUCCAGUUUCCUUCCUCCCAAAAGUUGCUGCUCUACUUUUUCUCCAGGCAUACAACAAGGCUCUUCAGGCACCUGGAAGUGCUGUUGGUGCUGUCAUCACACUACUGAAGGACAAGCUACCAGCUGCAACCUUCAAGGUUUUAACUGAAUGUCACGCCACCACCGUGAAACUUCUCGCACUACAAGAUGCUGCUACGGGUGAUGAAGACGAUUGCACAUCGGACCGAAUGCUGGAGAAGAAGGAAGACCUAGAAGAGAGGCUGAUGCCAGAACUCAAAUCCCUGGCCCUCGGCACGAGCAAAGAGCAGUGAGCAGGAAACAUUGUGUGCGUGGUGGUGCCCCAUGCCCUCGUGUAUGUAAAUGCACAGAUCUAUCUACCUAUCUAUCCUCCUCGGCACUGGAGCUGUGGCUGUUUCGUGUGAUAGCAGAAUCAACUUCUUAAAUGUUUAACGAGCAACCACAGCAUGUAUGAACUUCUUAAACACCUUGAAACUCUGCUACUUCCUUUCUGAACAAUGACUGCAAGCAAAUGUUUUUCGAGAACCUUU